ACAUCCAUCUCACCACACAGCAGCCUGGCGAUCGAUCGACUGAAAACUACAUCGAUACAUUACUGGACAAAACGCAGAACGAUGGCAAGGAUCACUCGAACCGUCGGACAGCCAUUCCUACUCGCUCUGGCCAUCUUGGCCCUAUGGCUUCCCAGUGGCUCGGCAGAGCUCGUAGUCGAUAACGGUCAGCUCGUCGUCCUGGAUGUCAAUGGAAUGACGAAAAAGAGCUUCGAGAUUUCUACGAAUGCCCCAUCCCCUUUGGCUCCUCCAUUCGAGCUCAAUGACGAAAACACGCUGAAAGCAACAUUCGAGAUACUAGAAAAAUCUUCCUCCGACCAAGCUGGCUCGUUAUUCUCUCCUCAUCAAGUGACGUUACUCGCUACCGGUGUCGACACAAAACUUCAUUGGGCAGCCGCUGUGAAAACCAGAAGUAAAGGAAAGGCUAAGUGGGAGCUGGAUCUUGCCCGAGCACCAACCGACUUUUUAAGUCUUUCACGUACAGGAGAAGUCCGUCUAGAGCUCAUCAUUGGUGACAUUUCGGCUGUCCACGCUCCACUAAAAUUGAACCUAGCAACCUUCAAAAUCCCGAAGAGCUUGCUACUGGAAUACCCCUACUGGGACACGAAAGAUGGGAAACCACCAUCUACAUUGGAACUCGAGAAACAUUAUAUCCAGCCCGAACUCAAGUGGACUUUCCAACCACCGCGCAAGAAAGACAACCCGAUCUUCAGUCUAGCCUUUGUCGGAAUUGUUGCAUCGCCCUGGCUCUUCUUAUUAACGGCCUGGGCGAAGAUUUCGCAGAACACAACCGGAGGAUUCAAGCUCUUCGGGGCGCCGAAACUCUCGACACUGUUAUUCAUCCUGACGAUGGUCUCUCAAGAGGCGCUUAUCUUGACAUACUGGGCCAGACUGAAGCUCUACCAAUACAUCCCUCUGGCUUUCUUGAUGAGCUUCCCGUUGAUCCUGUGCGGCCGGACGGCACUCAGCGAACUCCGACUCCGUCGUAAAAUCAGCCCGAUCUCUGCCGCUCGGGUCAGCUCAUCUCGUGGCUCGGCUGGCGACGAUUAGGGUAACAAUCAGUAAUUACCAAUCCAUCCCUCUUGUGUUUAUUAUUUUGUGUUUCUUUUUUUUUACUCUAUAGAAAUCCAAACAGAAGAAAAAAAAAAAGAACAUUUCCUAUUGGUUCACAUCAGAAUCAACACCGCCACCAAAUGAAUGAUUUAAGCUGGUUGCUGUCAGCUCAAUUCAAAUUGUUACUGGUGGCUAAUCUGCUGAGAGGAAGCCUCACAAAGAUUAUUAUUACUC